CCUAUCGAAACACAGCUGCUUGUGAAUGAAAAAAGCGUAAAAUCGUAAAACGGCAAGAGAAUUCGCAAAAGGCCAUUGCCGCCACCCCCCCGAGAAAACACAGGAAAGCACCCGGUGAUCGAGCCAGCGAGCGAGCAGCAAGGAGGCCAGGUGGCCCAAGGAGAUCCUGCAAGGACAAUAAACAGUCGCUCGUCCUUUCCACCGGCACACAAUGGAGCUGUAGUGUGUGUGCGAGAGUGCGGGCGUGUGUGUGCGUGGUUGUACUAGUGGGCGAGUGCGUGUAGUAGUAGUACGAACGAGUGUGCGAGGCGACGGGGAAAACAAAAAGAAAUCUAGUUUUCGGCCAAAACUUCAGCUGGAAUCCCCGGCGAGAUGGAUGCGUAGAUGUGAGGGCGAUUGCUGACGCGCUAGCACCUCUUUCCGGCGUUGGAGGCAGUGCAGCCCACCAGAGAAGUUGAGGAGAGUAGUCCGGCCACAUCCCGAUCCCGAUCCCGUGAUGCUGUUGGCUGCAGCCGGUCUGCCGGCCUACGACGCCGGAAAGCUGGCCAGCAAUGCCGGAUCCAGCUCCAGCGGGGUGGGCACUCCCACGACUGCGUCCGUCUCCCGUCCGAGUGCAGCAAGUGCGCUGAUGAAGACCCUGUCCGUACGCCUCCAUCGCGGCACCGAGUUCAUCAAGGACACCGUUCAGAAGGCCCUGGUCAUGUCAGCGCCCACGCCCGUGGCCCCAGCUCCUGCUCCUGCUCCUGCGCCCAAGCUCCUGGAGCACAGCCUCAAGCGCAAGCUGAGCGGCACUGGCGGACUUAUGGGCUCCUCCAGCUCGAGGAGCCACCACUAUGUCCUGGCCAGCCAGGUGCCAUCGGCUCAGAUUCUUCCCCAGGCCAGCCAGGUACCCACAGCCGCUUUCCUGCGCACUUACACGGUCGCUCCCACUGCCCUACAUCGAUCAGCAGCAGCCCGGAAGCGCAAUCCCAGCACCGACAGCCUCCUCAUGGACCUGUGCCUCUUCAAGCCCAUCCGGCCCAUGCCCAUAACGCCAAUCAAAAUCCACAAGUUCCGCGGCUUUGAAGUGAAAAAACCAAAAUUUGUUCCCGCUGCAAAUCCAGAUAGCGAGGAAGACGAGGACGACGACGAAGAUGAGUCUGCCCACAAACCAAAGCUCAGCAACUUGACAUUGCCAACAACUGAAGGCUCGGCCUUCGUCCCGAUGCCCUAUAUAGAAACCACCAACACCGCCAUUACCGCCACCACCACCACUAACAGCAGGAGCAGAUCCCGCUCCCUCAACACACACACCUCAGGCUCUGCCCAGGCCAUUACCAACCCGAGGCCAAAGCGUCGACGUCGUGCUCCCAUGCUGACGGCCAAAAGACGACGCAAGGCGCUAGAUACGGAAUCCACCUCUUCAGCGGACGUGGGAACUGAAGUCAAACCUCCUGCCAAGCGCAAAGCAGCGGGAGGAGGUGGAGGAACCAAGCGCAUUCGUGGAGCAUCGAUCACUGCCCCCACGCCACCGGAUCCAAUAAAAUCUCCCGCUGCUGUAAAAGCUCCAACUAAGCGCAAGGCAUCCUCUAGAAGUGAAGUUGCCAAACGCAGUCGUGGAGCUUCGGUGGUAGCCACCCCACUCACAGCAACAUCUGCCUCUCCAGCUGAUCUAUCCGUAGCAGCCAAAAAAAGCGCAACCAAGCGCAAGGCAGCCACUGAAAGAGGAGCUGCCAAACGCAGUCGUGAAUCCGCAGCUUUGUCUGCAGCGCGUCCCUCACCGCCUAUGACACGUCAGCGGGCCCGUAAGCAGAUCUCCGCCAGCAACUAAGCUCCAGGGAACUUAGAUGCUCGCUCAUUGGAACGUAAGCCGAUAUGGCAGAUACAAGAAAAACAAAAAUCAACAAUAAGAAAAAGUUGCGUAGGGAACUCGCUAAGUUCUAAGUCUUUUGGUUCUAGUUACUGUUUAUGUGUACGUGUUGCGUCUUUUCUUUACCGUAAAUGGAAUUGUUUGAUAAGCCAGUAACAAUGUAAAGUACACGUAGUUUAACUCGUUUCGUUUGAUUUGUGCAAUCUGAAUUUGUCCGAAAUGCUUGAGUCCUCGGGUUUCAAUAUGCCAAAUUCACCUGUUUUGGGAUAUUGAUUUACAGAAUUCUGGCUUGGUCUUCAAGACUGAUAUAACAAAAAGCACCCGCUACGAAUAAUAUAUGAUACAAACUGAUAUAUUCAAAAUGAAAAUUUUUGUUUAGCCCUCAUACAACAAAUCAUUAAGCAGAAAGUAUUAAAUGUAAAAAGAAAAUUGUAAAUUUUAAGUCAUUCCUGAUAUUUAAACAAAAAAAUUUUGUCACUGUAAUUUUAUGGUAA